UCACUAUUAGCUCGAUAUUCCCAAUCUCUCUCUCUCUCUCUAACACUCGAGUGCGACGGAGAUGGUGGAAUCCGGCGACGGAGGAGGGGAAUACAGCUCCGCCGAUGCGGCGGCGGAUUGCACGUGCGGCUCCAGCGAUUGCGCCGAGUGCUGUAGGCGGAGAUCGUCGAGCUCGAGCCUGCCAUCAUCUUCGUCGUCGUGCUCUCUGCUGAGCUUCGACUCCUAUCCGGUUCAGGACUACGAUAAGCUGUGGAGAGUCUACACGGCUUCCGUUAAAGGAUUCGCCAUCGGCGCCGGACUCAAAGGCGGACUCGCAAUUUUCGCUCUGCUCACUCGCCUCCGCCGCCGCCAAAUGCUCCCCUCAUCUAGGAAAGUAGAAAUGACUACAGCUAGUGCAGAUUUAAUCAUUGCUUUGAAGGAGACAUUAAGAUACGGACUGUUUCUUGGUACAUUUGCGGGAACAUUUGUAUCUGUGGAUGAAAUUGUUGCUGCUUUGGGUGGUCACAGAAGGACGGCAAAGUGGAGGGCUUUGCUGGCAGGUGCAAUAGCUGGGCCAUCGAUGCUGCUUACUGGGUUGAACACUCAACAUACAAGCUUGGCAAUUUACAUUCUAAUGCGUGCCACAGUUUUGGCUUCACGGUGUGGGAUAAAAAGCAAGAGAUUUGGUCGUAUAUGUAAGCCUCUUACAUGGGCACAUGGAGAUAUUUUCCUUAUGUGCCUCUCUUCUUCCCAGAUUCUGUCAGCUUACAUUCUGAAGCAAGAUAGUUUGCCCCAAUCUUAUAAAUCGUUUCUGAAUAAGCAUGGGGCAAAGGCACCUGAAAUCCUGAACGGUGUUAGAGAUAUUGCAUGUGGUCUACCAUUUACAAAUUUGGAUGCAAUAGAGAAAUACUACAAGUCCAAUGGUGUUGAUAUCAAACUAGAUCCACAAAUGAAAAUACCUUGCUCGAUUGUCCAUGGGAACCAAGCAUGUGGAUCACAUUUCUUUUCCUUUCUUCUUCAAGCUUAUAAAAGAGCAGUACCAGUUUAUCUCCCAGUCUAUCUGAUACCCGCCCUAAUUGUGCAUCGUCAAGGUCUCCUGAAAAGGCCUCACAAUAUUUUAUGGAAAGGUAUUCUUGGUACAGCCAGGUCAAGCUUGUUUCUCUCAAUGUACUGUUCAUCUGCUUGGAUAUGGACAUGCUUCCUGUUUAGGAUCUUCAAGAGAUGUAACAUUCCCAUGGUGGCAAUGGGAACGUUUCCAACUGGUCUAGCUCUAGCAAUUGAGAAAAAGAGCAGAAGGAUCGAGAUAUCCCUGUACUGCCUCGCACGAGCAAUCGAGAGCUUCUUCACGUGCAUGGCUGAUGCAGGGUACUUGCCUCACUCAAAAAGAUUCAAAAGAGCCGACGUCUUGAUCUUUAGUAUAUCAACAGCAAUUAUCAUGCACUGUUACGCCAUGGAGAGAGACGUCUUCCGGUCAAAGUACCUCAACGUGCUUGACUGGGUGUUUGGCGUCCCUCUUCCGCCAUAUGAUACAACUCCACGCAAGAAGAAGUGAUGAAUUGUUGUUGCAAACUGUAAGCCUCCAUUUCUGGAAAUUUUGUUGUAAAAAAUAUUUCCCCAAUCUGGUGGGAGCAAAAGCUUGUCGCAUACAAUUGAUGCUUUUUGAAGUUCAAUUUAAUUUUUAUAUCCCGCUGAACAAUUUUCAGUGGGUUGAUAGAAUUA